CCUGCUCUGACACCGGCACCCCCGCGUCCCCGUGCAAGGCCCCAGCAGCCCCCGCCCCGGACCCCAAGCUAGGCCCGCCGGAGGAGGAGAAUGUCCUUCCAAGGCAAGAAGAGCAUCCCCCGGAUCACGAGUGACCGCCUUCUGAUCAGAGGCGGGAAGGUCGUGAAUGAUGACCAGUCCUUUCACGCUGACCUCUACGUGGAAGACGGUUUGAUAAAACAGAUCGGAGAGAACCUCGUUGUCCCAGGGGGCAUCAGGACCAUCGAUGCCCACGGCCUGCUGGUCCUUCCGGGAGGAGUGGACGUCCACACCAGGCUGCAGAUGCCCGUCCUGGGCAUGGCCCCGGCCGACGACUUCUGCCAGGGCACCAAGGCGGCCCUGGCGGGAGGGACCACCAUGAUACUGGACCACGUGUUCCCCGAUGCGGGGGUGAGCCUGCUGGCGGCCUACGAGCAGUGGCGGGAGCGCGCAGACAGCGGGGCCUGCUGCGACUACUCACUGCACGUGGACGUCCCCCGCUGGCACGAGAGCACCAGGGAGGAGCUGGAGGCCCUGGUCCGGGACAAGGGCGUGAACUCCUUCCUGGUCUUCAUGGCGUACAAGGACAGGUGCCAGUGCACCGACGGCCAGAUGUACGAGAUCCUCAGCAUCAUCCGGGACCUGGGAGCCCUGGCCCAAGUCCACGCAGAGAACGGGGACAUCGUGGAGGAGGAGCAGAAGCGGCUGCUGGAGCUCGGCAUCACCGGCCCCGAGGGACACGUGCUCAGCCGCCCCGAGGAGGUGGAGGCCGAGGCUGUGUUCCGAGCCGUCACCAUUGCCAAGCAGGCCAGCUGCCCCCUCUACGUCACCAAGGUGAUGAGCAAGGGCGCCGCCGACAUGGUGGCCCGAGCCAAGCGCAAGGGGGUGGUCGUGUUCGGGGAGCCCACCACGGCCAGCCUGGGUGCCGAUGGCUCGCACUACUGGAGCAAGAACUGGGCAAAGGCCGCAGCCUUCGUGACGUCACCCCCGAUCAGCCCAGACGCCACCACUGCCGACCACCUCGCCUCCCUGCUGUCUAGUGGGGACCUCCAGGUGACCGGCAGCGCCCACUGCACCUUCACCACCGCCCAGAAGGCCGUCGGCAAGGACAACUUCACGCUCAUCCCUGAGGGCACCAACGGCGUGGAGGAGCGCAUGUCCGUCGUCUGGGAGAAGUGCGUGGCCUCGGGGAAAAUGGAUGAGAACGAGUUUGUUGCCGUGACCAGUACAAAUGCAGCCAAAAUCUUCAAUUUUUACCCGAGGAAGGGGCGGGUGGCCGUGGGUUCCGAUGCCGACUUGGUUCUGUGGAACCCCAAGGCCACAAAAAUCAUCUCUGCCAAGAGCCACAACCUGAACGUGGAGUACAACAUCUUUGAAGGCGUCGAGUGCCGAGGGGCCCCCUCCGUGGUCAUCAGCCAGGGCAGGGUGGUCCUGGAGGACGGGCACCUGAGUGUCACCCCCGGGGCCGGCCGCUUCAUUCCUCGGAAGACGUUCCCGGACUUCGUCUACAAGAGGAUCAAGGCGCGCAACAGGCUGGCGGAGAUCCAUGGCGUGCCCCGGGGCCUCUACGACGGGCCGGUCCAUGAGGUGAUGGUGCCCACCAAGCCUGGGGGUGGUGCCCAGGCCCGAGGGUCCUGCCCAGGGAAGGUCUCAGUGCCGCCCGUGCGGAACCUGCACCAGUCAGGUUUCAGCUUGUCUGGGUCUCAGGCCGACGACCACAUUGCCAGACGCACAGCGCAGAAGAUCAUGGCGCCCCCGGGUGGGCGUUCCAACAUCACCUCGCUGUCCUAGGCAUCGCGGGGUCAGCUCAGGGUGGAGCAAGUGGGCGCUGUCCCUGGCAGGGCGGGCCAUGCCCACCCUGCUAGCUUCCCCUUUGUGGGACUGACUUUGAAAGGUGCUAGACCCUCCCUCCCUUCUCCAGAAAUGCCACUCUGGGGGCCCCGGGGCCUGUUACUAGGGCUGAAUCUGGGGAGGGGUCACUGCCAGGGGCAGCUCACGUCUUUGCCCUGGGUGCUGGGUGCUGGGUGCCCCGUGAAGACGGGUUUGCUGCCCCACUAAGGCUGUGGGGCACCCAGGGCCUCACAACACACAGGUGUCAGCCAGUGCCCCUCAAAGCCCCGGCUCUGCCACCAGCCUCCCCCAGGGCUUCGGCCCCCCGCCCUCCGGGGCAUGAGGAGUGGUGCCCCGUGAGCUGGGCCCCACAGGGGCACUGUGACAUCAGGGACCCACCCGCUGGGAAUGAGCCCGGCGCAGCCUUGCCACCGCGGCCGCACGCCCUCCCUCCAGAGGACCACACCCCGGCCUCCCUAGUCGCCCAUCCAGGGUGGUGUAGGACCUUAGCUAGGACGCCCUCCUGCUGUCGCUGGCCGUGCAUCGAAGUAGCUGAGUAGAGCAGCAGUUUCACGCGGUGAGGACGGCUGCAGCCGGGACCCCGUGUGCCGCCCCAGCCCGGACCGCAGCCCCGUCACUGGUCUGCUGGGGACUAGUCAGA